AUGUUGACUAGAGUUAGAGGGAACGCUCUGGCGGUGCUGAGAUCGAGGGCCGUAAGUGCUAGGCCAGUACUGCCAAUGGCUUCGCAGCACAGGCUUGUGGCAAUGAGAAAGCUGACGACCAACAGAGUGCUAUUACAAGAGCAAAAACAGGAUAAGAGCACUAGUGCUGUUGUAGAUGAAAACUUAAGUUUCACUGAUGAAGAAGUGGAUGAAUGGUUAAAAGACAUAGAGGAAUUAAAGACAGAAUUCUCUGAGCGUGAGUUUCUGCCCGAAGUGUCAUUGGCACCCCCAGGUCAAGCCAGAAUAGACUUAGUCGAAGAAGCCAUCAAGUCAUCUCAGGAAUUCGAACCAUCACAAGAACAGCUGGAAGAAUGGGAGGCCUUAAAAGAUCAACCUAUGCCGCAAUUGAAAGAUCCUACUGUACAACACGUCACAAAUAUGAUCAUGAGACAUGGUAAGAAGGACAGGGCGCAGAAGAUAAUCUCUAGGGCCUUAUAUUUCCUACAUUGUAAGACAAGAAAGGACCCCGUUGAGCUAUUGAAGAAAGCCCUUGACGACAUGGCACCAUUAAUGAUGGUUAAAACUUUCAACACAGGUGUUGCUAAGGCCGCUGUGAUUCCAGUCCCAUUAAGCCAAAGACAAAGAAAUAGAAUUGCUUGGAAAUGGAUAGUCGAAGGUGCAAAUAAGCGUGUGUCCAACGAUUUUGCAGUAAGGUUGGGUGAAGAACUUGUGGCCGUCUAUGAAGGGAAGAGUAGCGGCUUCGAAAAGAGAGAUCAAAUGCACAAGACUGCAAUUGCACAUAGAUCAUACAUUCAAUUGAGAUGA